CAUGUAUUUGUCAUUUUUCAGGUCAAAAUCCACAUUUUCCAACCAGUUCCAUCUUUAUACCUGGUCUCAGGUUGUGCCAAACUUCAAACAUGAAAGUUCUGGUGUUUGCCUUCCUCUCUGCCUUCCUCCUCCUGGCAAAUGCUGAGGAGGAGAUCAUGAAGGAGGAUGGAGUCCUGGUUCUCACUCAGGAUAAUUUCAAGAAGGGUAUAGAUUCCAAUGACCACGUGCUUGUGGAAUUCUAUGCACCAUGGUGUGGACACUGCAAGGCCCUAGCACCAGAAUAUGCCAAAGCUGCCGAGAAGCUAGUUGAGAUGUCAUCAGAGAUCAAGCUGGCCAAAGUGGAUGCCACCCAGGAAUCAAAGCUGGCUGAAGAGUAUGGUGUCAGGGGGUACCCUACACUUAAGUUCUUCAGGAAGGGAAAUGCACUUGAAUACUCAGGUGGGAGAACAGCUGAUGAAAUUGUGAACUGGCUUUUGAAGAAGACCGGUCCUCCAGCCAAGGAAUUGAAGUCACCCUCUGAUGCUAAGGCUUUUGUUGAAGCCAGUGAAGAUAAGGACAGUGCUGAUGCCAAGACCUUCCUUGAAACAGCUAUGCAGAUUGAUGACUAUCCUUUUGGUAUCACAAGUGCUGAUGAUGUUUACACUGAAUACAACGUUGUAGGGGACCAGAUCGUUCUUUUUAAAAAGUUUGAUGAAGGCCGUAAUGACUUCGAUGGGAAGUUGGAGCAGUCCGAGCUUGUCGCAUGGAUUCAAGCCAAUUCUCUUCCCCUGGUUGUGGAGUUUAAUCAUGAGUCUGCCCAGAAAAUCUUUGGUGGAGAAAUCAAGUCUCAUCUCCUCCUCUUCCUCUCUAAGAAAGACAAGGACAAGUAUGAAAAGAGCCUGGGGAAUGCUAAGUCUGUGGCCAAGAAUUUCCGUGAGAAGGUCCUGUUUGUUGUGAUUGACACCGAUGAAGAAGACCACCAGAGGAUAAUGGAGUUCUUUGGCAUGUCUGUCGAUGACCUCCCUGGGCUGCGUAUAAUCAAGCUGGAAGAUGAAAUGACAAAGUACAGGCCUGCCUCUUCAGAAAUGUCUGCUGAAAAUCUCAAAAGUUUUGUCCAGGACUUCCUUGAUGGCAAGCUCAAGCCCCACCUCCUGUCUCAAGCACUGCCUGAUGAUUGGGACAAAAACCCAGUGAAAGUUUUGGCGGCAUCUAAUUUUGAUGAGGUGGCCUUCGACAAGUCCAAGGAUGUCUUGGUGGAAUUCUAUGCUCCCUGGUGUGGACACUGCAAGCAGCUGGCUCCCAUCUAUGAUCAACUUGGUGAGAAGUACAAGGAUCAUGAGACCAUUGUCAUUGCAAAGAUUGAUGCCACUGCCAAUGAAUUGGAACACACCAAAAUUCAAUCUUUCCCCACCAUCAAGCUUUAUCGCAAGGAAGAUAAUCAGGCAACAGAGUAUAAUGGAGAGCGAACAUUGGAAGGCAUGACUAAGUUUUUAGAGACAGGAGGCAUCUAUGGCCAGGCUGCCCCCGAUCAGGAGGAGGAGGAAGAGGAAGAGGAAGACAAGCCCAGCAAAGAUGAGCUGUGAUUUUCCCAGUCCUCCUUGGUGUGCAAAUUGUUGGCUCUCUUUCUGAUUCUCCAUGAGUGUGAUAAUCGAUUUUGCAUAAGUGUAAUGAAUGGGAAUUGAGUGUGUUGUGCAUGUGUAAUGCCUGCAUUUCUUCAUCAUUGGGAGUGAGAGGACCAGUGAUCACUCCCAACUGAACACGAGGAACGGGGGUGUGUGUCCUCUUUCCCGUGUGACAAACGGGUGCUAGGGACCAGUUCUCUUGUUUUUUGCGUUUUUUUUUUCUUGUUGUUGUUGGUGGUGUUCUUUACAGUGUUCAGCUUCCAUUCCCCCCACAUAAAAUAUUAUAUACUCAUACAUU